AGCUUGAAGAAGUAGGUAAAGGCGGAUUUGCAACUGUAUAUCGCACUAAAUACCUUUAUAAAUCUCGAAACUUUCAAAAAGAAGUUGCGCUGAAAUUACUUCAUACUUCAAAUAAUGAAGAGUUUAUAAAAGAG